AUGAAGGUGCUCUCACCAUUGGUCUCGGUUGCUCUCGCGCAGAGCACUUUGUGCGCGGCUCAAGGGUAUACCAAUGAGUCGGAGGUGCCGUACUAUGGUCUUAGUCCACCGAUUUAUCCGUCUCCCGUCGGAAACGGAACAACCAGUAAUGCCUGGAAAAACGCGUACCAACACGCCAAAGCCAUCGUGGCCAAGUUGACGCUCGAAGAGAAAGUCAACGUCACCGGUGGCUUUGACGGCCCAUGUGUCGGUAACAGUGGCGCGGUCCCUCGUCUGUCGAUUCCCUCACUCUGUUUCCAGGAUGCGCCUGACGGAAUCCGCGGCCAGGAGUUCGCCUCUGCGUUCCCUGCGGGUAUUCACGUCGCGGCGACAUGGGACCGCUCGUUGAUGUAUCAGUACGGAAAUGCUCUAGGAAAAGAGUAUCAUGAUAAAGGGAUUCAUGUUGCCUUGGGCCCUGUCGCGGGUCCGCUUGGUAGAAUCGCUAGGGGAGGUCGCAACUGGGAAGGUCUGAGUGCGGAUCCGUACCUUGCUGGGGCGGGAAUGGGAGCGAUCACAAGAGGUAUUCAAGACGCUGGUGUGAUUGCUUCUGCGAAGCAUUGGUUGCUAAACGAAGAGGAAUGGAGACGGAACCCUGGUGAGCUUGGGGAGUCGGAGAGUUCGAAUGCUGAUGACCGGACUAUCCAUGAGCUAUACGCUUUUCCUUUCAUGGACUCUUUGAGAGAUGGUGUCGGCAGUGUGAUUUGUUCAUACCAGCGCGUGAACAACUCGUACGCGUGCCAGAACUCGAAGCUGUUGAACGGUAUCCUGAAGACAGAACUUGGAUUCGAAGGCUUCGUGGUCAGUGACUGGGAGGGACAACACGCGGGUGUCGCAUCAGCCAACGCAGGACUGGACAUCGUCAUGCCAGACCAAGGUUUCUGGGGCGACAACCUCACCGAAGCCGUCAACAACGGUAGUGUCAGCACAGACCGCAUUAACGAUAUGGCCACCCGGAUUCUGGCAAGCUGGUACUAUCUCGACCAGAACAAAGACUACCCAUCAAAUGGCGUCUACGCCAACGACGAGAAGCACGAUCCCGUCGACGUCCAAGGCGACCACGCCUCUCUGAUCCGCGAAAUCGGUGCUGCAGGCAUUGUCCUUGUCAAGAAUACCAACAAUACCCUCCCCUUCACAAACUCUACCCGCUUCCUGAGUGUCUACGGCUACGACGCCACUCUUCCGCCAUCGCCCUGGGAAAACCCAUCUCGUUACGGUGGUGGGUAUGAGGUGAACUUCGGCUGGAACACUUUCAACGGCACGUUGGUUACUGGUGGUGGUUCCGGGGGCAGCACGCCUCCGUACGUGGUGAGCCCUAUUCAAGCGAUUCAGGAACGGAUUGCUCGGGAUCGUGGAACGUUGCGGUGGGAUUUCUGGUCCGAGAAUCCUACCCCAGCGUAUGUGAACAGUGAUGCAUGUCUCGUGUUCAUUAAUGCGUAUGCAUCGGAAAGCUUCGACCGCGAGACUCUCCAAGAUGAAUUCAGCGACAAUCUCGUCAAGAACGUCGCCAGCAACUGCACCAACACCAUCGUCGUGAUCCACUCAGCCGGAAUCCGUACAGUCGAUACCUGGAUAACCAACCCCAACAUAACAGCCGUCCUCUUCGCUGGCCUCCCCGGCCAAGAAAGCGGCCACUCCGUAACCGAUGUGCUCUACGGCGAAACGUCCCCGUCCGGCCGCCUGCCCUACACAAUCGCCAAGAACGAGUCUGACUACAGACACCUGCUUAACUCGACCAUCUCCUUCGACGCGUUUCCGCAGGUGAACUUCACAGAGGGUUUGUAUAUUGAUUAUCGGUAUUUUGAUAAGGAGGAGAUCGAGCCGCGGUUCGAGUUUGGGUUCGGGCUUACGUAUUCAACGUUUGGGUAUAAAGGGUUGAGGGUUGUGGCUACAAGGGCGAAGAAUGGGAGCAGCAGUACGGCUGAGCUACCGGAUUUUGGGAUUCCGAUAGUGCAGGGUGGCCAUCCGCAGCUGUGGGAUGAGUUGUACACUGUGACGGCGGCUAUUACGAACACCGGUAAUGUCACAGCGUCUGAAGUCCCGCAGUUAUACGUCUCCAUUCCCAACGCCCCUGUUCGGCAGUUGAGAGGGUUCGAGAAGGUCUCCUUGAAGGCCGGGCAAACGAAGACUGUUAAGUUCCCGUUGACGAGAAGGGACUUGAGUAUCUGGGAUGUGGAGGUGCAGCAGUGGAGAUUGCAGAAGGCGGAGUACGGGGUGUUUGUGGGGGCUAGUAGUAGGGAUUUUAGGUUGGAGGGGUCGUUUAAGAUUCAGUGA